AUGGAUCCUGAAUGGAAUGUCGACCCACAUGCGGGAUUCGACUAUAAAAGAGACUUUUUCAAAUCGUUCAAGGAGUUCAAGCUGGAGCAGGAACGCAAAAAGGGGGUUAAAAAAAGCAAGUUGAAGCUGGACUAUACCCGAACCUGGAAAGAUAUAAAGCUCCAGGAGCAGAAGAUUCAUGACUAUGUCACUCACCUACGCGUCUUCAACAAAUGCUACCUUGAAAGUCCGAUGGAGUCGCUCUUGAACGUAACCGAUGUGCUGAGACGCUUGUUCCCCUGGCUUUCCAACAAGUAUCCCCGAAUAGAAGAUCAUGAGGGUAAUAAGCUCCGAGUGGUAGACGAUGCCAGCACUUUGCACCUUCCAUUUUUACGCCGGGUCCAUGAUAACUUGAAUGGCAAGGGUAUUGUGUUGACAAUAUCCGAUGAUCAUGUGGACAAUACUUUACGGUUGAUGCGGAUUCUUCGGUUCCACCGUAACCAACUUCCUAUUCAAAUAGUGUACUAUAAAAACUUGUCGAGCGAAAGUCGGGAUAAGAUUGUGAACUUUGCCCGAACUAAGCGGAUGCAAGACCUUGGCUUGGACCCAUUAUCGGAGGAUUUGCCGGUUCAAACGGUGUAUUUCGUCGAUGUGUCAGACUCGAUUGACCCCCGGUAUUUGAACAAGUUUGAAGGGUUUGGCAAUAAGAUCCUCGCAGUGCUCUUCAACACCUUUAAGGAGAUGGUACUUCUAGAUGCCGAUACGGUGCCAAUGAUCCCCCCGGAAGAAUUUUUUGAUAUUCCCAAAUAUCAAGUCAACGGUACUAUUUUCUUCAAGGACAGAAAGGCGGUGGAAUACCGUCCGGAGAAUGACUUGAUUUUCUUCAAGAAGAUGAUGCCUUCCAAGUUCGACACCCUAUCGUUUGGCAUUAACCAGCCUUCCAACUACAGUCUCGACCGGGACUUUUUCCACGGUUUGAACCACUAUAUGGAAAGUGGGUUGGUGGUGAUCAACCGGGAGCAGCAUUUCUUCCACUCACUUGUGAUGGCCCAGUUGAACUUCAUCUACCCGGUGAGUGCCAGAAUUUAUGGAGAUAAAGAGCUUUUUUGGCUCAGUUUCCUUAUGCUUGGAGAAGAACGGUUUGCAUUCAAUAAGCAUUUUCUGGCCGCUAUUGGGGACUUGACUCCCAUGGACGAACGGUUCAAGGACAUAGGCAAGGCCAAGAAGUUGAAGUCCCAGGAAGUGUGCUCCAAUCAUCCGGCACACAUCAGUGACGGAGACGACCACACGUUGCUCUGGUUCAACUCAGGUUUCAAGUUCUGUGGCCAGGAGUUCGAUGCUGCCAAAGAUUUCGACGCCAAAAAACGGUAUACCAAGUUCAAGACCCUUAAAGACUUUGAGAUUUUCUUCAACGAUAAGCUUGUAAUCAAGUACGCGGUUAUCCCUCCAUCUGAGAUCAUCACUGUCGAUAACACAGACGGUGAAAGUAAUAGGUCUUGGAUGAACAUGAGACAGUACUGUAAUGGAUACACCUGGUGUGCUUACUCGUCAAUCGGUGAAAACCCCGAGCCGGGAAUGCAGGGAUUGGUGGUGGAGUAUAGUGCUGAAGAAACCGAGUUUUUUGGAGUGCUUGGUGAUUUGUGGAUGCUCCAAGUUGAGAACCUGGUGGAGAUUGAGCCGAAGGAGAAGGCAGGUUUCGAUUUAGACGAACGUAAGGCAAAUGAAAUCAAGAAGGAAGCAGCUUAUUAUAACAGCUAA